AGCCUACGCCCCACAAAGAAACCCAAACAGGGGCUACCAAAAUUGGAAUGCCCCCUUCAAUCCUGUCCCACCACCACCCCCUCACCACAGAAACUCCAAUCUGGGACACAACAACUGGAAUGUCCCCGUAAACCCUGCAACUGGAGGAAACCCCUCAUACCCAACUGCCCCUGACAGGAGCCCGGAUCAGGGAGCCAGUAACCAUCCUGUCCAUUCAGAAGCUGCAUCCACAUCCCUCUUCAAUCCUAACGCAUUGCCCUUCAUUCCCAGGGCAGUUGAAGUCAGGGAAACAGUCGAACAAUUUACGCCUGUGGAGAGCACUAACACUCAGUCAGCUAAUCAAAGUCCUCAGCCUGAAGUACAAGAUGCAAAUCCUGCAAACGUGUUUGCCAGUGAGGACACGACAUCAAGCACUGAUGUGAACGACAUCAAAAAGGAGAUAACUGAGCUAAGAAAUCAGAUGAUGGAAAAAGACAAACGUCUUUCUGAGUUGAAGGAACAAAGAGAGAUGGGAAAGAGGCGUCUUCAGUCUCAGCAGGCAGAACUUGAAGCCAAAAAGAAUCACCUGAAGAAAGAGACCAAGUUUAAGGAGACGUGUGGACUUAGAGCUGCCGCUCUCAGAGAUAAACUGGAGAGACUACAACAAGCAGCUAAAGCAAAGCAAGCAAGUGAGGAUAGGAAGACGGAGGCUCACACGCUGGCAUUGGAAAAACUGGCAAUGCUGAAGAAAGAGCUUCUGGAAAAAAGGAAUUAUAACCUGGAAAUGACACAGAGAUUAAAAGUGGAAGAGGAAGAGGAAGCAGAACCAGAAGUCGUGAAGGAUCAGAUGGAAGCUGAGGAAAUCACCAUCUCAGCACCUCUUUCAGAACCAGAAGUUAUGAAGGAUCAGGUGCAGGAUGAGGAAAUCGCCAUCUCGGUACCUCUUUCAGAACCAGAAGUGGUGAAGGAUCAGGUGCAGGAUGAGGAAAUCACCAUCUCGGUACCUCUUUCAGAACCAGAAGUGGUGAAGGAUCAGGUGCAGGAUGAGGAAAUCACCACCUCAGCACCUCUUUCAGAACCAGAAGUUUUGAAGGAUCAGGUCCAGGAUGAGGAAAUCAUCAUCUCAGUACCUCCUUCAGAACCAGAAGUGGUGAUGGAUCAGGUGCAGGAUGAGGAAAUCACCAUCUCAGUACCUCCUUCAGAACCAGAAGAGGUCUCAAAACAGAUAGAGCUGGCAUUGGACAAACUGGCAACGCUGCACAAAGAGCUUCUAGAAAAAAGAAAUUAUAAACUGGAACUGACACAGAGAUUAGAAAUGGAAAAGAAGGCAGGAUCAGAAGUGGUGAAGGAUCAGGUCCAGGAUGAGGAAAUCACCAUCUCAGCUCCUCUUUCAGAACCAGAAGAGGUCUUGAAACAGACAGAGGCUGAGAAAACUGACGCCUUCAUAGCCCCUCAGAUGGAAAAUGAAGACUCUGAGUCUGGACAUCACCUCAGGGAACAACCAGACGCUUUGCCAUCUGUAGAGACCAAGAAAAAGAAACGGUCACUGUGGAAGCGCUUUAAAAGCUUUUUUACACCCCGCCACAGACAGAAAAACAAACCAAAGGCAUAGACGGUGAAGAUGCAGCUCUUGUUGUUGAAUUGCUGCAACAACAGCUGCCAACAAAAUAAGCCUUUGACGAAACAAAAAUAUCUGUUCCUUUCCAUUUUUUAUCUCUUAAUGGUCUUUUUUAUACGCAACAAAGUUUAUUUUAUUUUAUUAUUCAGUUAGUUAGUUAUUAGAUGAAUGACUUAGUUAAUCAGUAGGUCAUUAUUUAGUUAUGUAGUUGUUAGCUUCUGUUAAGAUUU